ACAUAAUCUUUUUAUUUUCUCAGUUGAUCAUGACACCUCCAGAAAGGAUGUGGUAUUCCUUGUGGAUGGUUCUGAUGGCACAAGGAAUGGAUUCCCAGCAAUGCGUGAUUUUGUUCAGCGAGUAGUGGGGAAACUCAAUGUGGGAGGAGACAAAGACCGCGUUUCUGUUGUCCAGUACGGUAGAGAUCAAGAAGUUCAUUUCUAUCUGAACACAUACACCACAAAGGAGGACAUUCUUAACACUGUGAGAAGUCUGAGGCACAGAGGAGGUAGACCCCUUAACACUGGGGCAGCCCUCCAAUACGUAAGGGACAACGUCCUUACUGCCUCCUCUGGAAGCAGAAGCCAAGAGGGCGUCCCUCAGAUGCUGAUACUGCUGAGUGGGGGAAGGUCCAGUGAUAAUGUUGACAUACCAGCUUCUGCCCUGAAAGACAGUGGGGUCUUGAUCUUUGGCAUUGGAACCAGAAAUUCCAGCAGAGAGGUUCAAGGGAUUGCCACUGAUCCUAGUUUUUCCCAGUCUGUUUCUGAAUUCACUGACCUCCCCAGCAUCCAGGAGCAGUUUUUCUCCACACUCAUAACUGUACAAGUUGAGGCCACACCCAAAACCCCAACAGUCAUAGUGGACCAAAGCAUUGCCAGAAAGGAUGUAGUAUUCCUGCUGGAUGGUUCUGAUGGCACUAGGAAUGGCUUUCCAGCAAUGCGUGACUUUGUUCAAAGAGUGGUAGAGAAACUCACUGUGGAGGAGAACAGAGAUCGAGUCUCUGUGGUCCAGUAUAGCAAAGAAUCAGAGGCCCACUUCUAUUUGAACACUUACACAACAAAGGAAGACGUUGUGGACACCGUAAGAGGCCUGAGGCACAAAGGAGGGAGACCCCUCAACACUGGGGCAGCUCUCCAGUAUGUCAGGGACAAUGUCUUUAUUGCCUCCUCCGGAAGUAGGCGCCUUGAAGGUGUUCCACAGAUUCUGAUACUGCUGAAUGGUGGAAGGUCCUUUGACAAUGUAGAUACACCAGCGUCUGCUCUCAAGGAGCUUGGUGUCUUGGUGUUUGGAAUUGGAACAAGGAGCUCUGAUAGCAGAGAAUUACAAAAAAUAUCCUAUGACCCCAGUUAUGCUCUUUCCGUGUCUGAAUUUACUGACCUCCCCAACGUCCAACAGCAGCUUCUUUCUGCUAUGGGCACUGUCAUUGUACAGGUCACAACCAUGACACCAACAGUAAAACCAACAAUCCUAGUUGAGAGUCAGGCUCCCAGGAGGGAUGUCGUGUUCUUGCUGGAUGGAUCUGAUGGCACGAGGAGUGGAUUCCCAGCAAUGCGGGACUUUGUUCAAAGAGUAGUGGAGACACUCGGUGUGGAUGAGAACAAAGAUCGCGUGGCUGUGGUCCAGUACAGUAGAGAUCCAGCCGCCCAAUUCUAUCUGAACACAUACACAACAAAAGGAGAGAUUCUCAACACUGUAAGAGGUCUGAGACACAAAGGUGGGAGACCUCUCAACACUGGAGCAGCUCUCCAGUAUGUGAGAGACAAUGUCUUGACUGCCUCCUCCGGAAGUCGACGCACUGAAGGUGUUCCACAGUUACUGAUUCUGCUGAGUGGUGGAAGGUCCUUUGACAAUGUUGACACUCCAGCUUCUGCUCUGAAGGAGCUUGGGGUCUUGAUCUUUGGAAUUGGAACAAGGAGCUCUGAUAGCAGAGAAUUGCAGAGGAUAUCACAUGAUCCCAGUUACGCUCUGUCUGUCUCUGACUUCACUGACCUUCCAAACAUCCAGCAGCAACUUCUGUCCUCGGUGGAGUCAGUUGUUAUUGACGUUACGCCAGAAUCGACAACAGAUUUAGUUGAUCAUGACACCUCCAGAAAGGAUGUGGUAUUCCUUGUGGAUGGUUCUGAUGGCACAAGGAAUGGAUUCCCAGCAAUGCGUGAUUUUGUUCAGCGAGUAGUGGGGAAACUCAAUGUGGGAGGAGACAAAGACCGCGUUUCUGUUGUCCAGUACGGUAGAGAUCAAGAAGUUCAUUUCUAUCUGAACACAUACACCACAAAGGAGGACAUUCUUAACACUGUGAGAAGUCUGAGGCACAGAGGAGGUAGACCCCUUAACACUGGGGCAGCCCUCCAAUACGUAAGGGACAACGUCCUUACUGCCUCCUCUGGAAGCAGAAGCCAAGAGGGCGUCCCUCAGAUGCUGAUACUGCUGAGUGGGGGAAGGUCCAGUGAUAAUGUUGACAUACCAGCUUCUGCCCUGAAAGACAGUGGGGUCUUGAUCUUUGGCAUUGGAACCAGAAAUUCCAGCAGAGAGGUUCAAGGGAUUGCCACUGAUCCUAGUUUUUCCCAGUCUGUUUCUGAAUUCACUGACCUCCCCAGCAUCCAGGAGCAGUUUUUCUCCACACUCAUAACUGUACAAGUUGAGGCCACACCCAAAACCCCAACAGUCAUAGUGGACCAAAGCAUUGCCAGAAAGGAUGUAGUAUUCCUGCUGGAUGGUUCUGAUGGCACUAGGAAUGGCUUUCCAGCAAUGCGUGACUUUGUUCAAAGAGUGGUAGAGAAACUCACUGUGGAGGAGAACAGAGAUCGAGUCUCUGUGGUCCAGUAUAGCAAAGAAUCAGAGGCCCACUUCUAUUUGAACACUUACACAACAAAGGAAGACGUUGUGGACACCGUAAGAGGCCUGAGGCACAAAGGAGGGAGACCCCUCAACACUGGGGCAGCUCUCCAGUAUGUCAGGGACAAUGUCUUUAUUGCCUCCUCCGGAAGUAGGCGCCUUGAAGGUGUUCCACAGAUUCUGAUACUGCUGAAUGGUGGAAGGUCCUUUGACAAUGUAGAUACACCAGCGUCUGCUCUCAAGGAGCUUGGUGUCUUGGUGUUUGGAAUUGGAACAAGGAGCUCUGAUAGCAGAGAAUUACAAAAAAUAUCCUAUGACCCCAGUUAUGCUCUUUCCGUGUCUGAAUUUACUGACCUCCCCAACGUCCAACAGCAGCUUCUUUCUGCUAUGGGCACUGUCAUUGUACAGGUCACAACCAUGACACCAACAGUAAAACCAACAAUCCUAGUUGAGAGUCAGGCUCCCAGGAGGAUGUCGUGUUCUUGCUGGAUGGAUCUGAUGGCACGAGGAGUGGAUUCCCAGCAAUGCGGGACUUUGUUCAGAGUAGUGGAGACACUUUCGGUGUGA